GGAAAAAAAAAAAAAAAAAAAAAAAAGAAGUGUUGCGUUGAGGAGCGGAUUGUCAGCGAUAUGUCCGUCAGAUAAACGCUGAACAGAUGAACAGGGCUGCCCGGGAAACAUAUAUGAUGUUGUCCCAAAAAUGCGACGCAAUUAAUCCGCGCGUGUGGAAGUUCUAAUGCAGAAAUACACCGAGAACUAACACGAUAAUCCAUUUCAACCACCAAACUAUUGGAGUCACGUGAAGGCUGGGUAACACAAUCUGAAAUCUUACAGACUCAAACCAACACUUGAAGCAAGAACAACACUCAUUUUGUCAAACUAUAAACGAACAAAAUAGUCCACUCCGUAUCUUAUUGGCCGCAUGUCGCAGCCCGCAGCUUUGCGCGGAUAAACAGCAGCUGUGCGCCGCGGAGCAACAAAAAAAAAGAGAAAAACCAAGGGCAAACACAUUUCCAACCAACGAUUUAACGGGAAAUAAUCGUCCAUCCGUUCACCCAGCAGUUCAUCUAAAACCCUUUACCGAUCCUAACCCCACCGACCGGAGCACCACCACCUCCUUCCACCCGCCUAAACACCCAGAGACUGUCUGUGUUUUCUGUGUGUUUUCCGCACAGACGACCGCCUCCCGCUCAGCAACGGCCUCCAUUUUAGCUCCUCGCCCGGCCGCUGCCUCACGUGUCCUGGACUGUCUUUCUCACAUGACCCGUGUGUUUGUCCCCGUGAUCAGCGCUUCCAUCUCCGUAAAUCAGUGUCGUUGAAUAUCAGCGGUUUUUUUUUUUUUUACACCCGCAAGAAGCUUCAUGGAUAUGCUGGAGCAGAGUCUGGACAGCUCGGGGAGUCACGACAAACAGGAAACGGAAGAGGUGGUGCAGUUACAGGAAGGAGAGACGGUGGGGACAGAGGAGCAGACUGCAGUGACCAUCACUGGUGUCCCGCAGGCUGCGUUCACUGACCACAAUGUGCAGUACCAGUUCCGCACAGAGAACAGUGGAGGACAGGUGACGUACCGCGUGGUUCAGGUGACAGACGACCAACUAGAAGCAGCGGCUGAUGGGAGCGGAGCCGUCAGCGUCGUCUCCACCGCGGCGUUUACCGGAGCACCUCAGGCUGUGGCUCAGGCUGUCAUCCAGAACCCUUUCAGUAACGGUGGCAGUCCCGGCGGCGAGACCGUGGGAGGCGAGACGCGCUUCGCUUAUUUCCCCGCCGCCACCGUCAGCGAUGGGACGGCUGUGUCCGUGCAGGCCACCUCCGACCCAACGAUAGCACAGGCGGGAGGCCAGUUUUACGUGAUGAUGAGCCCCCCCGAGGUGCUGCAGACGGCGGCCCCUCGUACCAUCGCACCACGCACACACACCUACACUGCAGACCUUGGUGAGAGCGAGAUGUUGCAGCAUGGCAGUUCAGACUGGAAGGUGGAGGGUCCACGGGCGCCCAGAGACGAGAGGCGAAGAGCACAGCACAACGAAGUGGAGAGAAGAAGAAGAGACAAGAUAAACAACUGGAUUGUCACACUUUCUAAAAUCAUCCCCGACUGUAGCAUAGACAGCAGAACUGGAGCGAGUAAAGGAGGCAUCCUGUCCAAAGCUUGUGACUACAUCCGAGAGCUGCGUCAGAGCAACCAGCGACUUCAGGAGAGUUACAAAGAGGUGGAGCGUGUGGAGAUGGACAACGAGCUGCUUAGACAACAGAUUGAGGAAUUGAAGAACGACAACGCACUGCUUCGAGCCCAGCUACAGCAGCACGGCGUGGAAGUCAACGGAGAUGCAACGCCACAGUGAUUGUGGACUGGACACAUAAUGUAACAUCACAAACACAAUGUCGCAUCGUCCCACCCACCUGAACAAUACCAGGAAAGGACUAACGAGAGACAAUUUCUAUCUGAAAUUGGACCGCACAAAAACACAUGCGCAGGGCUUUCGAGGAGAACACUGAAGGACUUGAGGCUGCCUCCUCCUCCACCUCCACCUCCAGCUGUUUGAGGCCGAACGCUCUGAAAUCCGUUUACUGUGUAGCUAACCGAACCUCGCGCCUCUGCUUAAAAGGAAUAGGACCUCUGCACUGCACCACCACGCUUGCACCAAACUUUCUUUUUACUUUUUAAAUUAUGAACCCGCCACAGAAAAAUUUCCUUUUAACGAUUUCACCUUUUUAUCGUUCCGCAAACCUCUGCUCCUUUCCUUUCCUUUUUUUUGUUGACUUUUGCUGUGUUUGAAACUACUAAAUGUGACUCGAAUGAUAGCUCUCAUUUGCUUUUAAUUUAUUAGUGUUUAAGGAAUGUGUGAACAGAAAGAAAGGCUGAUUCUAGAAUUUUCUCCCCCCCCAGCAACAAACACAUAAUGGGCAAAUCAGAUAUUUUGAUCACCCUCACCACUGUUAACAAGGACAGUUAAAAUCACUGUCAGUUGAUAGAGUGUAUAUAUAGUUGACCUGUGUGCAAUUUGAGGUGAACUUUUUCAAUUUCUGCCUCUUUACACUGACACUCCAAGCGCCAGGCAGUGCUCACAAACUUAAUAAACAUAAUCCAAGGUCGGUUUAUAAAAAUAAUAUUAUACUUUUCUGACAGUUAAAGCAGCUUGAUGGCACAGACAUGCAGGUUGUAUGUUUAGUGCAAGGCCUUAACAGAAGCCUGUUGGAGAGUGAAAGUCUUUAAACAUAGCUCAGGUAACCGAGGUAGUGCACUGGCAAGUGGUCCUCCAGAGUUAAGAUCUCUCUCUUGUGUCCCCAUUAGGUGCAAUGUACAGAUAAAUGAUGAUUUUCAAGGUGGGAAUCGUUUUUUUUAAACGGGCAUUAAAAUAUGGUUGGUUUGUAUAUCUGCUCAAUAGGUCACUGGUGUAAUGCACUGAAAGAGAGGUACGGUCAUAAGAGGUCCUGGUUUGAGACCAGCCUCUGUUUUGGCUCACUAGUCCUGCUGCAUUUUAGUGGACACCUGAGGUGGCUUCUCUUCUUUUUUCCCUGCAAUCUUCCCUAAUCUCUAAAACUUUGGGAACUUUUGCUGCUGACAUAAGACCAUUAAACCACCAUGGGUCAGGAAUGUGCUGAGGGUAGUUCUGAUGCGAGUGAUGGUAGUUGUAACUAACCAGCUUUUGUCUACACUGAAAGUCACCACAGCAUGGAAAAAAAAUAUAACCACUGGCAUGACUAAUUCUGAUACUACAAUAAAACAGAAGUGUUUAUACCCAAGUGUUGUUCAGCGCAGGUGCAUUUUGUGUGUUUGAGCAGUGAGCAAGACGCAUCAGAGAUUAAAUGAAACUUUGGUGUCUUUUCUGUUUUCCUUUUUCAAUAUUUUCGGUUUUAAAUAAGAAGUGUUGUCACACCAAAUUC